CUUGACGGCUAUUUGAAAUUUCGGAGAAUGAGUCUUUGGGUUGACAAGUAUACUCCUACUUCAUUGGGGAAGUUAGAUUACCAUAAAAGGCAAGCCAAAAAUUUGAAAAAAUUAGUUGAUAGCAACAAUUUUCCUCACUUGCUAGUGUAUGGACCUUCUGGUGCAGGGAAACGAACUAGAAUCAUGUGUAUUCUUCGUGAGCUGUAUGGAUCAGGUGUUGAUCGACUAAGAAUGGAACACCAUACCUUCACAAAUCCUUCAAACAAGAAGGUCAAUUUAUCCACAGUUUCGAGUAACUUUCAUUUGGAAGUAAAUCCUAGUGAUGUUGGGAUUUAUGACCGAAUCGUCAUUCAAGAGUUAAUCAAAAGUAUGGCAUCAACAGCUCAGCUUGAUAGUGGGCAACAGAAAGAUUUCAAAGUAGUGGUUCUGCACGAAGCGGACCAUUUAACACGUGACGCACAACAUGCUUUACGUAGAACUAUGGAAAAGUACAUAUCCACUUGCCGUCUAAUAUUGUCAGCGGAAUCUACCAGUAAGAUCAUUUCCGCUACUCGUUCGAGAUGUCUACCAAUAAGAGUUUCUGCCCCAUCUAUCGAUGAAAUUGUUGAAAUCUUGAAAAAUACCGCUCGCCGAGAAGGCCAUUCAAUGCCGGUUGAACUAGCUAAGCGUAUCGCGUUAGCAUCCGAACGGAACCUACGCAGAGCUCUUUUGUAUGCUGAGGUAGCUAGGUGGCAGCAUUGCCCCAUGCUUCCAGACCAGAGUGUGCAGUUACCUGACUGGCAAGUCUUUCUUACGGAGACAGCAUCAGCCAUUUUGGCGGAACAAAGUCCGAAAAAGUAAGUGUUGUAUGUAUAUAUAUAUGCCUUAUUCAAAUCAAGUUUAUGUCGCUGUCGGUUGCUGGCGAUACACUGCUACAUUAUAAAUCCGUCCUCUUCAUACCUUGAUUUAUGCUUAACCGUAUUUCAAACUACCGAUUUGCGUAUUUCAUAUUAUCCAAUCAAUGAAGUCGCAUCGUGUUAGGAAACAACUUGUUUCCAUAGUGCCAUUUCAUAAAUUGAUUGAAUUUCCAUUUCAUCCAAUGAUUACGAGCACUAACAAACUAUUUUACUUUGAGACCUUCCUAUGUAGAAAUUAUCAAUACCACAGAAGACUGGUUUGUGCGAUGGAUUUACUUACUUAACAAUAUCCCUUAUUACACGUCAGCAUGUCAGUAAACCUUAUAAAUGUGUAUAUUGUGUUUCCAUCAAAUCCAAUCAGCAUGUGUUAAUCAAGAGUAUUUAGUUACGGCUAAAAGAGAAUUACAAGAGAACAAUUUCCUUUCAGGCAAUUAGAUCCAGUAGCAACUGAAAACAAACUAUAAUUUUGCAACUUACAGACGUUUCCUAUGAAACAAAUCAUUUUGAUGUUUGAAAAAGUACUUCUUUACUUGAAGUAUUCACUCGUAAUCCAAGUUCCACUGGGAACUUGUUAAACAGAGAUCAAACAAUUGGAAUUGUCAGAAGUGCCUGGUUCACGAACAUUUUUCUUCACUUUUUUAGAACUCUUUUAUCUUUUUUGAUUUAUUGCAGCGAACUCAAAGCUCGGUGUCUGUGGCUAAACUAUAAAAUCUUAAAAACUUAGAAUAGAUUGCAUUUCAGAAUUUAGAAUAGAUCUAUCCCUAGUUUACUCAUUGUCCGCAAUCAUUUGGAGUUGUUUAGAAAAAUAAUUGUAAGUGAUAUUUUUUAGAUUAGCAUUUUGUAAUAGCUUUGUACUGUUAGGAACAGUCAAGGAAACUUGAGAAAUUGUUUUCGAGGGAAUUAGUUUGUAUGUUUUUGUUGCAUAUUUAUCGAACAGCUGAUCCGUGGUGUUUUUAUUUAACGCUGGUUGUAAGUUAUUCUUUGACUUCUCAGCUUUUCCGAAUCUUUUAUUAUUCAGAAAUUAUUUCUUAUUAAGUAAUAGCUGUGUUAUUCAACUUUUUGCCAAGAAUGGCUUAGUUAUAUAUACACUACGAUUUGCUACACAUGCCUUAUGGUUUAACAUUUUAUACAUAUAAUCAUGUGAGUUUUUGAAUCUGAAUACUACAAUGUGUUCUAGGUAUUUAGAUGGUCUUCUCAAUGAUCUGAUUGGUGGAUUGGUUACGGGUGAGCUUUGUACGGGACUGUCGACCGUCAACAUACGCAAAAACUGUGUCAGUGGACUUGACGUUACUCGCGUGGGUGAAAUCCCACCAUUUAUCAGUGUAUAUUACUUUAUAAACUAGAGUUCUUGACUGGGGUUGCCAGUGGUACAGUUACUUAACGGAUACAAAACUUUACAACCGGUGAUCCUAAAUGAAGAUAUUGAAGGCAGUUUGCCUUUAUGUACACCAAUCACUUCAACUGAUUCCUCAGAGCUAGUUAUUAUCGUGACCCAUCUGAUCAAACUAGACCUUUCUAUUUAAUAAAACUUAUGCAACCACACUGAUCAGUUUGGUCAUCAUUGUGGCUUAUGAUUUUGUUUAACCUUUUGUUCAAUGAAUUCUAGUAUUUUGGAAAUUAUCUGUCAUCUCUCUUGUUGAAUUACACUUGUUAUCUCGUUUUUCUUCGCAUAACUUUGAAUGAUACUCGUCUAUUUUCGCGUACAGAACUAUGAUUAAUAUUCAACUUCUUAACAAUAAUUCAUAACUGUUUCACUGGUUUAUUUUUAUAACAACUCAUCUAUUAAGUAAUACAUUUGAAUAGUACAUCAAACCUAUUUAUCUUUCAUCUUCAAUGAAUUCCUUCAUUCGUUCUUAAUUAUUUUCAUAGAUACUUCUGAAUUUCUAAUACUGUUAAAUAACUCACCAUCGCUUGAUUCGUACUGAUGUAUUAGUGUAGAGCUGUGAAGAAAAGCUAAUUGGGAAAGACAUUUCUUUGUUCCGUCCAUUAUCCUUUAGUGUUUAGAUAGUAGUUUUCAUUAUACUAAAAUUCUACUACUUAGUGCGUAAAUAAUGAGUUAUACAUGCCUCUGGGUUACUAUUCUCUGUAUCAUAUAUUAAUAGCCGAACUUUCUCAAAUUUUCUCUACAGAAUACUAGAAGUCCGCAAUCGUCUUUAUGAAUUAUUAUGUCAUUGUAUCCCGCCCAACAUUAUAAUGAGAGUAAGUUUUUAUUAAGAUCAAAUGAUUUAUUUUUGAAUUUGCUCAUAAAAUUAAACUUGCUUAUGACCCAAGUAUUUGAAAGUUAAUCAAAACCAAAGAUGGCUCGUAUUUUUGAAAGGGUUCUGGGACAAAUCUUAAAAUGCAAACAUAACAACUUGAUCUUACUAUACCCACUAUUGAAAAAAAUGAAGCACACGUCAAACUGUACAUAACAGCUUGUUGAACAUUAUCUGUAUGGAAAAUUUCAACUACUAAUGUGUUUAUGAAGAUAGAUAUUUUUGUGGAUCUGUUUGAGUCGGGAAAUACUACAACGCUAAAAUUUCAAGUAGCAUUAAUGGCUACUGAAAUUUAUAUAAGUAGUGAAUUUUCGAAAGUAAACUUUAUAUGUUGUAUUUGUCAAAAUGAAUUCAUAUUGUUUGUGAUUUUAAUAUGUCCAGUGUGAAGUGUAGUUUGAAGGGUGUUAUUUUGAAACAUCGUUAUAAUUAAAUAUGAUGGAAUUGACCAACUGUUAUAUGUAUCAGGAAAUAUAAAUACAAAGUUUAUUAACUUGAGUAGUGGUGUUAUAAGGUGGUAAAUCUGGUAACUGGGUAUCAUUAACAGUAGAACAAUCAUAUUUUCACUAUCUAUGUAAAGAGUAAACUGAACCAGAACUUUUACAUCACCCGAUUACUGAUUUUCACUGUUGCCGAAGCUUCUACAAAAAUAUCUAUUGUUCUGUUCACAAAUAACUUCAAUAGUUAAAACCUUUAUGGAUUUGUUUUAUAUGACGGUUUGAUUUUUCUUCUAAAAUGUCUCUUAUUUAUGAAUUACUAGUUUACAGUGUACUUUUCCAAAUUAAAUAGUUCAUAUGAGCUGUAUUAGUACUACUUAGUUGCAUAAACCGGAGUGAAGUGGGCUUCGAACCUGCGAUCACUUAUUUGUUGAAAUCUGAUUGUUUUAACCACAAAAUCACCUCUUCACAAUUAAUUUUUGUAUUUUGAUACAGUAUUUCCCUACGAUCACAUAUACCUUGUUCAGUCAUUUGACAUGACAAAGAUGAGCAGUUUUUUUCUGGUAUUACUGUUCUCUUUAUCUCAGUUUUGAUUAUUGAAAUGUUCCGUCAAACUAAAGUCAGUAUUUCUAGACACUUUCUAUCGAACAGUCGAAGUUUUCUGAUAUUUUAUCCGAGAAUUAAACCUAACUUCUAUCUAUUUAGUUAAACUUUGAUAAUAUUCAUGUUACACAUGUACAUACUCAAUAUAUCAAGGGUUUUACGUAAAUAAAGCUACUGGUAUCAGUUUAUUAUUUUGAGAAACUCGUAUUUUACUUCGUUUCUGUAGUCACAUGUUUAACCGUGUAAUGGACUGUUGAUAAUACGUUUUAUAUGAAACUAACUAUGCCAAAAAAUUACUUUUGGAGACGGACACAGUGACUGUGGGCUCGGAGUUUAUUGAUUGAAUUGAAUGGUUAAAGUUGUUAUCCAUUAAUUAAUUUUCUUAGAGAUAUUUUCCUACGAAUCGCUCAUUUAAGCUAUUUUGUUAAAUAAAUGAGUUAUUUCGUUUUAUUAUAUUCAUAUCUCGAUUCAUGUGUGCAUCGGUGAAUAAUGUAGUAGGCAUAUCAGUUAAUGAGCUGAUAAUUUUAUUUUUCUGUCUCGUUAAGUCAGCAUAAUUAAAACCCUUUAAGUAAAUUAAUCUUUAGGCAAUAUUAUUUUUUUCAAGAACAUAAGGUUUUGGUUAAAUAUUAUGAUCAUUUCAUUUAUACAUGUUUAUAUGUUAAUGAAUUUCUAAUCUGAUUAGAUCAAACGUAUUUUGGAGUAAUCGUAGAAAUGAAUGUGAGAAGUAUGCUAAAUAAAAUAAUGGGGAUUUUGAUGAUACUACUGAUAAUGAUAUCUGGUUUAUUUCUUACGGAUAUUUUUAAGGUUUACAUUCCUUUUCUUAAAUUACUAUUAUUAACCAUUGAUGUCAAGGAAGAUAAGGAUAAGAUUGUUCUGUACUACGUGUAUGGGUAAGAAGUAAUUUUGGAAAGAAACAUAUUAGGAAUAAAAAUGUUAUAUUAGAGUGGUUUGAGCACUUAACUUCCAAUUAUACGAUCGUUAGUUUGAAACGCGCUUUGCCCAUUUUUGGUUUCAGCAACUGAAUAAUACUCUCACUCAAGAAAGAUAGCUUAAAACAAUACAAUGUAAUCUAAUUUUUUAAAGCUAACUUCGUACGUUCACUUCUACGAGAAAAAGGUACUUCAUACAUUUUUAUUCUUUUUUUAUUAGGGUCUGGUCGACAAUCUGUUAAAUUCAUGUGAUCGUAAUUUAAAACUGGAAUUGGUCCAAUUGGGUGCAGAAUAUGAACAUCGAUUGAAUUUAGGCCAGAAACCAAUUUUUCAUUUGGAAGCGUUUGUAAUUGCAUUUAUGGCGAUUUACAAACGAUAUAUAGAAGAUGCUCUAGGCUCUGGGAUGGAAUGGUAGCAUUAACAUAAAAUAAAUAUUCAAUUCUCAAGAUGUAUUAUGUAUAUUUAUUACGAGUUGUGUUGAUAAAUAAAAUUUUUUUUGAAGAUAUUGUUUAUUUGAAUGACAGGUUGUUAUUUUACAUGGGUAUUCCGGUUUG